AUGAGCAAAAUAGCUGAGGCUAGCACAGCUUCAGAGGAAGCUGCGCUGGAGCAAGGGGCGCAUCUCAUCAUGGGGAAGCGAGUGCUAAGGAAAAUCGACACGCGGUUGGUUCCACUGAUGUUUGUCACCUAUAUGCUCAAUCUCAUGGACAAAACUAUUCUGUCCAGUGCAUUGGUGUUUCGUCUAGCGGAUGACACAGGCCUAGUGGGCCAGCAAUACAGUUGGGUCUCUUCAAUCUUUUAUUUCGGCUAUCUAGGAUGGUCAUACCCAACAGCAUUGCUCAUUGCCCGUCUGCCAAUUGGAAAAUACUUGACGUUCAACACUCUCUUCUGGGGCGCUGUAGUCGCCCUCACCGCCGCAUGCACCAACUUCGGCGGUCUCAUGACCGUUCGUUUCCUGUUGGGAGUUGCUGAGGCCACUAUUACUCCCGCAUUCAUGUUCAUCACGUCAAGUUGGUAUACUCGCGAUGAGAUUCCUACCAGAACGGGAAUCUGGUUUGCGGGCAAUAGCGUCGGGGGUAUUGCUGCCAGCCUUAUAGCCUAUGGUCUAGGCCAUGUAAAGGACCAUGUUGGCGCGUGGAGGUGGAUGUUCAUCACGCUCGGUGUCGCAACAUUCAUUUGGAGCUUCACAGUCUGGAUUCUUUUACCAGACUCGAUCUCAAAAGCAAAAUUCCUAGCAGAGGAAGAGCGCCAAUUUGCCAAAAACAGAGUUCUUGUUGCCGGGACAGGAACAACUGAAGAAACAACUUGGAAAUGGGAUCAGGUCGUCGAGUGUCUGAAUUUUGCCAAUCUCGUGAUUGUCUCAUUCGGCUUCACAAGUCCACAGUCUACGCUGAUCAACAUCCCUUACUCUAUCAUCACCAUUGCUACCAUUGCCGGAACAGGUUGGCUUGCUGGUCCUUUCCGUCAGUGGAACUGCCUCUUAAUUGUGAUUGCUGUCCUACCUUGCGUCAUUGGGAGCGCAAUCAUCUACUCCCGUGCCCACGUCGUCCUCGGUGUGCAGCUGUUCGGAUAUUUUCUGUUGUCCACAGGGCCAGCUGCGAUGCCACUGGCAAUGUCAUUAGUGCAAGCAAACUACCGCGGUGUUACUAAAAAGAUGACAAUGACCGCGAUGCUAUUUCUUGCGUAUUGCGCAGGAAACAUCUCAGGACCCCAAUUCUUCCUCAGCAGGGUGGCACCGACCUAUGACACCGCAUUCCGCACUAUUCUGAUUUGCUAUGCUCUAGCGAUAUUGUUCGCGUUGACUCUUCGCAUUUAUCUCCGGUGGACUAACUCUCGUCGUGUUCGUGAGGAGGGUUUCGAGGGAAGUGCUGGAAAUGCCGGUGCCGUUGGUAACGGCAAAGUGAUGGAUGUCGAUAGCAAUUCGAAGAAUGUGGUGGACAUGGUGAAUCAAGUCCGGUUGGUGCCAAAUGAUUACGAAGACGUCACGGAUUGGAAGACGCCGGGAUUCAGAUAUCGCUACAAAUUAGACUUGAAAAUGGGCUUUUCGGGACAGGACACUAUCCGAAUGUGCCCUGUUAAGUAG